AUGGCUUCCACUGCUACUACUGAGCCUGUCAUUGAGCCCACACCCGCCACCAUCGCUGUUGAGGCUCAACAACCCAAGAUUGAAUCAACCGAGACAGCUGCCGUAGUUGAGGACGUUGCUCCUUCUACCACUGCUGAUACUACCACUCCUGUCGCUGCUGAAACCACCACUGCUGAGGAACCUGACACUGCUGCUGCUACCGCUACUAACGAGGAGGCUCCUAAGGCUAACGAGGAAGAGGCUGUCAACGAGGCUCCUGCCAAACCUACUCUUACCAAGCGUCGCACCAUCUUUAAUCCUUUUGCCAAAUCCAAGAAGGAAGAAGCUCCUGCCACUACCACUGAAACUAACAAGGAAGCAGAGCCUACCAUUUCUACCAGCACUGGUAGCAAGGAAGAAGAGAAGGCUCACAAGAAGACAUCCAAGGGCUUCGGUACCUUCUUCUCUAGAUCAAAGUCUACACCUAAAGUAAGCGAAGAGGCCAAUGCUGCUGCCACCGCUGCUGAAGAGACUGUUGUACCUACUGAAUUACCUCAAAUUGAACAACUUCAACCUAUCGAAACUGAGAUCAAUGUUGAAAACAAGGAAGAAAGCAAGAAGGAGCCUGCUGUCAAGGAAGCUGUUGCUGAAAUUGCCGAAACUGCUCAAGUUGAGGUUGCUGAAGCUGUUGAAGAAGUUGAACAAGCUGCUGCCCAAGCCUCCACUACCGUCGCCAACAAGCGUCAAUCAUUCAUCAGUAAACUGUUUGGUAAGAAGAAGCCAGACACUACUGCUACCAAGGAAAUCGAAGAAGAAACACCUGCUGCUGUCGCCUCUGAGACCACUGAGGAAGCUAAAGCUGAGCCUAUCGCUGAAGAGCAGCCCAAAGAAGAAUCAGCCGCAGAAGCCACUGCUGCUCCUGUUGCAUCCACAUCUCGUCCUUCUUCUCCUCUCGGUAGAUUGACAGAAUUAUUCACAUCAAAGAAGAGCAACAAGAAGGGAAAAUCCACCACAACUGAAGAGCAAGAAGCCCCUGCCACUGUCGCUGCUGUCACUGAAGAGCAAGCAGAUGCUGCUGCCAACGCUGAUGUUAAGGAAGACGAAAGCAAGGAAGAAGCACAAAACAAGGAAGAUAUUGAAGCAGCUGUAAAGGAUACUAAUGUCACUGAUGUUGCUUCCCCUGCCGUUGUUACUGCAUCUGCAUAA